AUGGCCAAUCCUUUGACGAACCCCACUCUGGCCUUCGCCAUCACAGGGCUGCUCGCCACUGGCACUUACCUCUGCACUAAGCUGUACCACAGACGUUUCAAGCAGAAUGCCCACAUUCCUCAGCUUCCUCCUUCUUUUCUUUGGGGCCAUCUCAUGGUGUUCUAUGAGUUCACCAAACGAGGCAUCCCAGAUCACGCAAUCCUUGCGGAUAUGCAUGAAACCUUAGGGAAACCGCCCAUAAUGCUGGUUGACAACUGGCCCGUUGUACCUCCCAUGGUAUUGAUCGCUAGUCAUGAAGUUGCCGAGCAAGUGUCACGACCUUCGAAGCACUUCCCGCAGUACGGCACACCCAAGGCGCCCUCUGUAGACCGUAUUAAUGACGAAUGGAAAGGGGUUCGCAGGAGAUUCAACCCAGGCUUUGCGCCACAACACCUCAUUACUCUGUUGCCCGUAAUCAUGGAGAAGACAAAGCCUUAUUUGAAAGCCAUUGAUGGUUUUGUCAGCUCAGGAGAAGAUUUCCCGCUCGACCAGCUAACGACAAAUCUUACCUUUGACGUGAUUGGAGCAGUCACCAUGGGCGAGGACAUGAACGCCCAAGAAUUUGCUUCCUCUGGCCAGGACCAGCUCAUUAACAUGUUCAAAGAAAUGAUAAAGACAUACGGAGACGACAAGCUCCACGCGCCUUGGUGGCUAGCCCCUCGGGUUUAUUUGAGGCGACGUCGUCUGGGUGAAAGAAUAUCGCAGCAUUUGAGGCAGAUUGUCCGUCGCAACUUCGAUGAGAUGAACUCCGAUGCCCAUGGUGAAGUCUCCAGCAAUCGUCCCCGGACCAUCUUAGCGCUCAGUCUGCAGGAAAUUGAGUCGCUCACGCCGCAGAUCAUGGAGGAAACGUGUGACCAGCUCAAAACCUUCCUCUUCGCCGGCCACGAUACAACGAGCACCACAAUCGUGUGGAGCAUCUAUGAGCUUUUCCGGACUCCUCAUGCACUAAAGGCUGUCCGAGAUGAGCUUGAAACCCUCUUCGGGCCGGGGACAGGUCCACAAGGCUCCGCCACAGUCGAGGAGAGGAUGCUGGCUCCGGAAGGGCGGGAGCUUAUCCAUCGCAUGACCUACAUCUCUGCCGUCAUCAAAGAGGUUCUGAGGUUGCAUCCCCCGGCUGGCUCCAUCCGCGUAUCCAAGCCCGGCAGUGGGCUCGUGGUCACCACGCCGCAAGGGGAAUAUAACCUCGACGGCAACUGGAUAUACCUGAAUCACAGCAUUAUUCACCGCGACCGUUCUGUGUUUGGGGACACGGCAGAUGACUUCGUGCCUGAGCGCUGGCUACAGGCCGACGACGACGCUAGCUGCCCAGCAAGUGCGUGGAGGCCAUUUGAGAGGGGCCCGAGGAGCUGCAUCGGGACGGAACUAGCUAACAUUGAAGCUCGCGUCAUUAUCGCCAUGCUUGUCCGUCGCUAUGAAUUCAUCAAGGUUGGCCUGGGUGAGAUGGACGUCGACGCUGGCGGUCAGCCGAUCGUUGAUGCCAAGGGCCAACUGAAGACCAAGUCUGAGUUAUACUCUAUGGAAUGA